AUGCUUAACCUCAUCAGCAUGGGGGUUUGGGCCCUUCAGGGCAUCAUGGCCAUUAUUGUCCUCGGCCUCUCUGUCGACCUUGUCAGGGUACAGAAGAUUGGCGACGCUCCCACAACUACCAAGUAUAGCACAUUUACUGGCGGCUUUGGAUUAGCCGUCGCUGUGCUUGGCCUGAUCUCUGUCUUCAUAGACGCCAUCCCGGCUCUGCUGGUAAUGGCAGCGGAUGCGCUGAGUGGGGUUUUACUUCUCGGAGGUGGCAUCGUAGGUCCAUCGAUGUUUAUCCUAGGUACACGCGAUUGCUAA